GCCCCGCCCCCCAGGGGCGGUGUAAUCCGGAGCCAGGCGGGCUAGCUCAGUAGAAUUGAGGCAGCGGGGGAAGAUGGCGGCGAGCGUUCCACAGCGUGCGUGGACCGUGGAACAACUGCGUAGCGAGCAGCUGCCCAAGAAAGACAUUAUCAAGUUUCUGCAGGAACACGGUUCAGACUCGUUUCUUGCAGAACAUAAGCUACUAGGAAAUAUUAAAAAUGUGGCCAAAACAGCUAAUAAGGACCAUUUGGUUGCAGCGUAUAACCAUCUUUUUGAAACUAAGCGUUUCAAAGGUACUGAAAGUGUAAGUAAGGUGUCAGAGCAGGUGAAAAAUGUGAAGAUUAAUGAUGACAAACCUAAGGAAACCAAGUCUGAAGAGGCUCUUGAAGAGGGUCCACCAAAAUAUACAAAAUCUAUUCUUAAAAAGGGAGACAAAACCAACUUUCCCAAAAAGGGAGAUGUUGUUCACUGUUGGUACACAGGAACGCUUCAGGACGGAACUGUUUUUGAUACUAAUAUUCAAACAAGUUCCAAGAAGAAGAAAAAUGCCAAACCUUUAAGUUUUAAGGUUGGAGUUGGCAAAGUCAUCAGAGGAUGGGAUGAAGCACUCUUGACUAUGAGUAAGGGAGAAAAGGCUCGACUAGAGAUUGAACCAGAAUGGGCUUAUGGAAAGAAAGGACAGCCUGAUGCCAAAAUUCCACCAAAUGCAAAACUCAUUUUUGAAGUAGAAUUAGUGGAUAUUGAUUGA